CGUGAGAGGCCCAGAGGAGGCCAGUGAUGGCCAGUGAGGGCCUAUCAGACGACCUCCUAGGGGAUCAACUCGUUGACCCACCAGCACCCACCGACCAGAGCGACGCUGAGUCUCUGACCGAUCCAGACGGUCUGUCGGUGCUCCAGCAGCUUGGCCUGGACCAGAACUCGGACUUCUCGGACACCUCCGUGCAGCAGCGCCUGGACGAGCACCGCGAGAAGAUCCGCAGGGAGAUCCGUAAGGAGCUGAAGAUCAAGGAGGGUGCAGAGAACCUGCGCAGGGCCAUCACGGACAAGAGAAAUGCACAGCAGGUGGACUCGCAGCUCCGCAGCUCCAAGCGGAAGCUGGACUUCCUCCAAGCCCAGCUGCAGGAGCUGGAAGCAUAUAUUGUCGUUAAGGGUCAAGAUGAGAACAAAGACACCAACAAGUCUCCCGGCUCCCUCAAUCGGACCAAUCAGCAGCACCGAAUUGCAGCCUUGGAGCGGCAGCUGAACAUUGAGCUGAAGGUCAAGCAGGGAGCAGAGAACAUGAUCCCRAUCUACUCCAGUGGUGGAACCAAGGACAAGAAGCUUCUUCAGACAGCUCAACAGAUGCUGCAGGACAGCAAGACAAAGAUCGACAUCAUCCGCAUGCAGAUCCGAAAGGCCAUGCAGGCCACGGAGCAGUUGGAYGACAGUCAAAGUAAUCCGGAUCUGUGUGGAGUGGAGCUGCGUGUGGAGGAACUCUGGCAUCACUACCGCGUGGAGCACGCCAUGGCCGAGGGAGCCAAGAACAUGCUGCGACUGCUGGGGGCAGGAAAAGUCCAGGAUAAGAAAGCUAUYGCUGAGGCUCAGUGCGGUCUGAGUGAGUCAUCCCAACGCCUGGACCUGAUCCGGUGCUCUCUGGAGCAGAGGCUCCAGGAGCURCCAGAGGAUCAUCCCAAGGCCUGUCUGAUCAAAGAGGAGCUGGUGCUGGCCUCCUCCUCAGCUUUCAGCUCCCGCCACAGCACCCCGUACGUCCACAACCAGUACAGCACGCUGAGCAAACCCUCACCGCUCACAGGUACUCUUCAGGUUCGUCUCCUUGGUUGCGUGGGUCUGCUGGAGGUCGUUCCAGGACGGAGCAGAGGGACUCCGGUGGUUCUUCCGUCUUUCUCUCCAGGAGACGGGCGCUCCUUCAAACUGAGCAGCCGCUACAACCGCAGCACCAGCAGCAUGAGCCUCAAGAUCCCCUUCAAGACCGACGAGCUCACCAUCCCGGGAGAUGGAGAUAGCGGUGUACUGGAGAGAUUAUCGCUCCYUGUGCGCCCUCAAGUACCUGAAGCUGGAGGAGUUCCUGGACAACCAAAGACACCAAGUCCAGCUGGAUCUGGAGCCACAGGGGCUGCUCCUGGCUGAGGUGACCUUCUUCAACCCCGUUAUAGAAAGAGGUCGAAGACUCCAGAGGCAGAGGAAAGUUUUCUCUAAACAACAUGGUAAAGCUUUCCUGCGUGCCCGUCAGAUGAAUGUGGACAUUGCCACCUGGGUCCGCCUCCUGAGGAACGCCAUCCCCAGUGGAAGCAACACGCCCGCGUACACGCCCAGUUUCUCCAGCAACUCGCCCUCAAACACCACAGGAGCGAGCAGAGGCCCUCUGUCCUUGCAGGAUUUCAAGAUGGUUGCCGUUCUUGGCAGGGGUCACUUUGGGAAGGUGUUGUUGUCUGAAUAUAAAAAGACGGGCAGUCUGUACGCCAUCAAAGCCCUGAAGAAGGGCGACAUCGUGGCGAGGGAUGAGGUAGAGAGUCUCAUGUGUGAGAAGCGGAUCUUUGAGACCGUCAACAGCUCCCACCAUCCCUUCCUGGUCAACUUGUUUGCGUGUUUCCAGACGCCGGAGCACGUGUGCUUCGUCAUGGAGUACACAGCAGGAGGAGACCUGAUGAUGCACAUUCACGCUGACGUCUUUGCAGAGCCACGCGCCGUGUUUUACUCAGCCUGUGUGGUCCUGGGUCUACAGUUUCUUCAUGAGCACAAGAUUGUUUAUCGGGAUCUGAAACUGGACAACCUGCUCCUCGACACAGAGGGCUUUGUUAAGAUUGCAGACUUUGGCCUCUGUAAAGAAGGCAUGGGUUACGGAGACAGAACCAGCACAUUCUGUGGUACGCCGGAGUUCCUGGCCCCGGAGGUGCUGACGGACACGUCGUACACCAGAGCGGUUGACUGGUGGGGGCUCGGCGUGCUCGUCUAUGAGAUGUUGGUGGGAGAGUCUCCGUUCCCAGGUGACGAUGAAGAGGAGGUGUUUGACAGCAUCGUGAAUGACGAGGUGCGGUACCCGCGCUUCCUCUCCACCGAGGCCAUCGGCAUCAUGAGACGGCUGUUGAGGAGAAAUCCUGAGAGGCGUCUUGGCUCUGGAGAGAAAGAUGCAGAGGAUGUCAAGAAGCAACCGUUUUUCAGAAGCAUGGACUGGGAGGGCCUAGUUCAGAGGAAAGUCCCGCCCCCUUUUGUUCCUAUCAUCGCAGCAAAAGAUGACGUCAGCAACUUUGACUCGGAGUUCACCACCGAGGUGCCCACCCUUACACCGCCCCGCGAGCGCCGUGCCCUCACCCGUAAGGAGCAGGACUUCUUCAAGGACUUCGACUACGUGUCUGACCUGUGCUAGGCUCUGGGGUCAGAGGUCAGGGGGGUAACAGUUCUCUGCUGUCAGCCACAGACUCUGGCAGGAGACAGACCGAGGCUGACGGCGGUGAAGACACAGAGUAACUGGAUGCAGUCCAGAAAUGAACAUCCCUGUUUCUCUCUGUGUUAGGCUGACGGGACCAAUCAAUGGCUUUGCUGAGUGUCUGGGAACAGCUGAGUCGCACACACCUGCGGCGCCACAGCAUAACUUUUGGUGUGGCAGAGUUUUGUCAUGAGAAUGAACGAUGCAAUAAAGAAAUGAUCAAAUUGUGUGUGAAACCUUCAAAGAGCCUCAGAAUGUGAUUAUUGUGACAGGAAGCAGUUUUUCUCCACUCUGUUUCAUCCCUGUUCGUUGCAGUGUCACUGUGACCCGUGCCUCCUGCGUUAGCCAUAAACUACCACUGGGGGGGCGCCAGAGGACGAACAAAAAACUCAGCUUGCCUGGUGAAAGAAGUACCGUCUGUUGAUUUGGCCAUAGAGCGGCAGAGAGAGAGAGAGAAGGAGGACUUUGCCUGAGGAGAGCCAGGGUUGUCUAUCGUUUAUGUGUCAGAUGAUUCAUAAGACUCUUCAUCAUCUCUUCUUUYGGUACACCACUCGUUUUUAACUACAGUCGUUUUUGCAGGGACUGAACUGUUUUUCUGUGAAAUGCCYCCCUUUUUCUGUGUUCCUUCCUCUUGUGUCACUUCCUGGUGAAAUGUGUUGGAGCUGUGACUCAGUAAAGAUGUGAAAAGAA